UCUAUCCGAGAGACUUGCCGGCAACACUAUUAUUCAGAAACAGUAUCGAGCCGUUCGGCACGUUGUAGAUAGAGUGUGCGAGGUUAGUGUCGGGAAAGUUGUUGGCUUGGUAGGUUGGAGCCGAGAAGUGCCAAAACACAUUUACUUUACGCAGUAAUUAUAUUGCACGUUAUGUAUCCGCAUUUAUUAUAAACUUUUAAUAAUCAAAUCUGAAAAGGGAUUGUGAUGAUGCUUUUUUAUCCAAGUGAACAUUAAUUGAUACGCUGUAUGACUGUAGAACUUUACAUUUAUUUAUCGCAAAAAUAAUUUAAAAUGGUCCAACCAGUUUUCGUGUAUUUCUUGACUGUUCUUGGUGCCGGAUUUGCUAUUACUGACUAUUGUUCCGUAAAUAAUUUUAAGAACAAUGACGAAAAUUACAUGCAGUUUACGAAAGAGCCAAGUUUCGCAGAAUAUGCAGUUGUAGGAAAAUUCAAAGGAUUACAUUGUUGUGCCAAGGCUUACAGAAGCAUCGAAUGGUUCAAAGAUGGAAGGCCGUAUCCCUGGCCGGGAACAGCCAGUCAGCUUAUAAUCUACCCCGAAAACGCCAAUCAAACAGUUUACACCCAAAGUGUCACUCCAGAUGACGCUGGAAAUUACACUUGCUUACUAAGAAACGAUUCUGUGGUCCACGUUCAUACUAUUCAACUGCAGGUUUUUGGUUUGGUAGAUUUACCUGACGCUCACAAUGAGGCCAUUUGGCGAAAAAUUGGUCAGAACGGUACGUUAGAUGACGAACCCCGGAUACGACAGGAAAAAGUUUCAAGAGAGGACGGCCAAACAUUUGGAACGUAUUUAAUAAUCGAAGAAGUUACUGACGACGAUUAUGGAGAAUACGUUUGCAGAAUUACUAAGCCGGGGAAAACGGUUGAUUUACCGUCUGUACUUAUAUUCGAGAAAGCUGAAGAGGAAUAUUUGAACGCGAAUCCGUUCCCAUGGAAAAGGUUAAUCAUUUGGGGCACAGUGUUGACACUUUUGAUGGCAACCAUCCUCAUCUUGAACCUUCAAUUCGGUAUGUCGCUGAGAGUAUGGUUGAAAGAUCGCCUGGGACGUAUCGAGGAAGAAGAUGGAAAAAUAAACGAUGUUUUAGUCGUUUAUUCCCAAAAGGAUUCGGAACUGGUCCUUGGCGUUUUAGUAUCUACAAUGGAUACCAAAUACCAGUACAAGUGUGAUAGUAAAGAACUUUCCGAAAAUAUUAUUGCAUGGACUUCGGAACUGUCGGAAGCGGCACAAAAAAGUCGACGUGUUGUAGCUGUUGUGUCUCCAGCUCUUGUGAAUGAUAAAUGGGAUGCUUCUUCAUUGUAUCAAACAUUAAAGCAACUUCAAGGCUUAGGACCAAAAACGUGUUUCGUAGUUCUUCAAAAGAUGCCAAACUGUGACGAUCAAGCGAAAAAUGCCAUAGGCGAAAACUUAAAUUCAAUUUUGAGGAAUGCUACUGUAAUUCAAUGGGAGAGGUCGAACGAUCGCCAAUUCUGGCUGGCUCUUAGACUGAAUUUACCGCCAAGAAGGAUAGGAGGAAAUGUAUUAAACGCUCCAGAACGAAAUGCAACAAGACUGAAUAGUGAUGAAACGGUGGACAAUGUGGUGUAAAAUAUUUAUUUAUGUAUUAGUUUUUUAUAAUUCUAGGAUAAGGAUUCCCUGUUCCAUUUAAAGUGUAUCAUAAUGAAUUGAAAAUAUUACGCAGAUAUCUUUA